UCCACAAGACGUUCCAGGAACAGCAUUUCAGAUUUAUGCUCUUUUGUAUUCGUCAACUUUUUGAAAAUCCCAAUGUUCACGGUAAAAGAGGACUAUAGCUAUGUCUUCGAAAGAUAACUCGAUCAUUCCAUACAUGGAAGAAGCACCUCCAGCAUACUCGAGCGUUGAUGGUAUUCAUUCCAUACCUACACUGCAUCUUGAUACGCUUGAGCUUUUGAAACGGAGACUGAGCAUGAAAUUUUCGAAUUACAACAAUAUCCUUGAAAUCCUUAUUUUCAGACAUCGCCUAAGGUUAUAUGACCUUUACCAUAUACAAGAUCAUACAUUGCCCGUGCGCAUACACCUCAUCAAACUGGGAGUUGAUGCUCCCUGUGAACUUAUGGAUCAGUCGGAGGGAGAUAACAACCUCCAGCGUAUGAAGACUAUCGAGAUUCCAACGAUUGCCAAGCAGGAAAUCUCAAUUUUUGUUCGAGUCUAUCAACAAGGUCAUAAUGGGAAACAUCCAUCGCAAAAGGAAGUUAUUGAUUAUUUUGACGCGUGGGACUACGCGGUUCAAUACUGCGAAGCCAUGACUUUGAAGUACACGAAAUCUUGCAACUUGUCAAUGGUUAGAUCUGAGGCUUGGUUGGCGUCCGAGAAAUAUUUGAUGUUAUUGAAAGAUUCGAUACCUGACGAAGAUCCACAAAUUCCACCCGCGAUGACAUUAUCGCUUUCCACGCAAACUGCUUGCUCAGAAAAUCCUCCACUACCAGCUCUAGCUAAAGAGGUGUUAUGGUAUGGUCAUGAGAAGAAGUUCAAAGAGUCUUCAAACAUUCCAUAUUCUCCAUACGUUAUAAGACUUCAAGAAUUCUCCGCACGUAUCAACAACAACAACAAGACGCUACCCAUUCCUGUGUCGUGUGCAACCUUAUUGAUGAAGAAUGACUUGCAGGAUGCAAAACAUAAAUUGAUUGAGCAGCUGAUUCGCAUUCAAAUAAAGAGCUUUGAGAAUGCUCAUGGAACUUUCGACAAGCUCACAAAUUCACAUCAAUGCGAAGGAUUGGAAUGGUUCGAUGAAUCAUAUGACAAUGCUGUCAUCGAUUUUUGCGGUGCUAGAAAGGACCAGAUCGAAUUGGACAAGCUCAGAUACGGAGCUUGGCAAGCUGGAGCUCAACCCGAACGCCGUACUUCUACAAUUAUCGCCCCGGCCUCGAAUCUGAUGACCUCGAACUCGAAAAACUUCCCUCGAGCUACACGAGCCCUCACGCGUCGUUACAAGGAAAAGGCUGCGAAGAUGGGGAUGGGGAUGGAGUGGAUUGAUAGAAAGGUAUUAGAGGAUUUGGAGAUCGUCCGAAAGGAAUAUUUAUCGACGGGCAAGGGGCAGCCUUCUGACGAACUAGUUAUGCAUAGUCCAACCACCGACUCAUUCAUGAACCUCCAAACCCUCUUACUUGGCACUCCUCUACCAACUUACUCAAACCCAACCUCGCCUCCUACUCCCCAAAAGGCCAUGCACCCAACUCAUGAAACAAAAACCGCCAUACAAUCGCCAGAUCCCAAAUCAACAAACACCGAACAACACCCAAGAGCUUCUCAUCAACCAGUAUAUACAUCCUUUAGUAGUCUCGGCCUGCGAGAACCCGCAGGGCCAACACGUGUCGAGACUUCUACCGAAGAGGGCUUGACUACUGCCUCUCCUCCUACAGCUAUGCAACAAAUCAAAAGUGUGUUGGGAAUCGAGCCACCUCAAAAGUAA